CACUCCGAACUAGCACGAGUACUCGUACAGUUGAUCCCUCUACUGGUACUCGUACCGGUAGCGAACGUGAAAAAAUUGUGAGCGUUGCAAUUCCAUCAGUGUUUCUUCGGUUCAUCCUUACAUUAUCCUGGUCUUCUCUUACAUCGUGGUCCAACCUACUUUGUUGCCUCCUUCAUACAGUACGGAAAAAUAGUCUUCCACCAACCACAUCCUCCCAAAUAGAUCCUUUCGGCAGCUAUCAAUGCUUUUGUAACGACGGUCCAAUUGUUGAUCAUGGAAGAAACGAUAUCCGCAUCACCAGAACAGGAAAUUCCUCUUGCUCGCAGUGCUCCCGAACCCGAACCAGUUCAAAACGGUCAUGAAACGAGCGAGGAACCCGGGCCCGAGAACGAUCACGGUUCCUCCGUGCCCGAUGCGAUAUUCAAUUUCACAAACAGCAUCGUCGGGGCUGGCUGCAUCGGUCUCGGGGGCGCCAUUGCCCUGAGUGGUGGAUUGAUUUCGAUCGCUCUGGUCAUCUUUUUUGCGGUCCUGACGAAGCUGUCGCUCGAUUUGUUGAUUCGGCUCUCGGUGGAAUCGACGUCUGCGUCGGAUGGCUCGGUCGCGAACGCUAGCUACGAAGACCUGGCCGAGAGAGGCAUGGGAUACUGGAAGGGCCGCGUUCCCGUAAUGGUAUGCAAGCUGUCGUACUCCUUCGGUUGCCUCGUGGCCUAUGUCAUCGUCAUCAAGGACAACUGCGGACCGGCUCUGUUGAGUUUGAUAUAUGGGGAAGGCAACGACAACGGGCCGGGCGCGGAUACGGAUGCAGAUUCAGUUUCAGUUUCAUUCACAUACUCCGGUGGUGAAGACAGCCAAAACGACAACAGCGAGUGGUUUCAUCGGUUUCUCGAGGACUAUUCCUUUGUUACCUGGGCAGUGAGUUUGGCUCUCAUCCUACCACUAUGUCUUCUCAGAGACAUGACGCCACUGGCAUUUGGUUCCCUGAUAAGUGUUGUGUCGAUGGUCACGAUCGUAGGCAUUGUCAUUUACAUCUACUUUGCGUGUCCGGAAGUAAGACAAGAACCCACAGGGGGCUUUUACGAAAACUGGCUCGAGAUCCGACCUGGAGUUCUGAGCAACCUAGGCACCUUCAUUUUUACCUUUGUGUCACAGCAUACGGUUCACUUGGUCUUUUCGUCUCUCAAACCAUCGCUCCGUACUGUCGCGAAAUGGAAGGUCGUUUCGUCGCUCUCGAUCCUGGCGGCCGCCACGGUGUCGCUACUGGUGGGAGUCUUUGUCUACAUUACCUUUUGGCAGAACACAAAAUCGGACAUAUUCCAGAUCUAUCCACAUGGCUGGAUGAUCGACACGGCGAAGCUGUUGCUUUGUGUUACCAUGGUGUUUACCUUUCCCCUUCCGUUCUUUACUUGUCGAGAAUUGCUCAUUCUUACCGUCGUGCAUCCAUUGUGUGGAAUUCAUCGCAAAAGGUCGUCGGAAGAAGAAUCCCGGGGAAAUGACGCGGGAAGAGUGGGAACCGAUGCCGAGUGUCCCGAAGUGCACGAGGAUGAGAAUGAUUCCAUGUCUGGCCUGCAGCGUCCUCUCUUGUCAGAGGAACCAGCUUCGACUGAUAACCUAAGUGUUGACGACGACACGAUGAACGCGCUUCCUUCUGAGAACAGCGAACCACGAUCCACCCCAUCAAUUGCCACGCCCCAAAAAUGGCUCCUUCCGGACGACGAUCGGCAAUUGGUUCUGUCGGGACACGUGUUCCUCACCACUCAGAUCUGGCUGGUUGUGACAGGACUGGCCAUUGCAGCUCCCAGUCUCGGAGAUAUAUUAGACCUGGUGGGGUGUGCUUCGGGAACUCUGAUUGCCUUUGUGAUCCCGGGAUUGCUGUCCUUUUCUGUCGAGGGAUAUACCCACCUGGGAAUGCUCAUCUUUACGGUGGGCGGUGCGGUGGGAACCGUAGGCACCUACUACAGCAUAAAGCAACUUGUGAAUGACCUCUGAUGGAAAGGAUGCACAACCUCAACGAUGCGAAUUGGAAGCGAGCCUAUUGAAUCCAACAAGACAACCUUUGGAUAUCCUGAACACGUUGUCAACUUCUACUGGUCGGUAUCUACUGGAAGAUAUUAUACCUGUAGAUCUUUUUGAAGACAGCUCUCAAAAGAUAUGAUUACUGUAACGACUACUGAACGGGUAUCGUACCAGAUCGUACGUAUCCUACAAAGGUAAUGUACGAGCACUAAUUACAGUACUGUAAAGCAGGAAGUACAGUACUUCGUACUGCGUUGCAGUACGUACAGUACUUGGGUACCUAGCAUCCUACGAUACGAUUCCCGUUUGAUUUUCGAACCAGAAUUUAGAUUUUGUGUUGCAUCAAAAAACAAAAAAUAGUACUUUAC